AUGUGCAGACGUCGAUGCUGGUCGCGAGAAUCAGGGCUCGCCUCCACGCCUCAGCUGCUCAGGGCCCCGCACCAAGCGUUCGGUUCGCCUUCCCGUCUUCCCCUCACCAUCCGAUUGCUCUUUCUCAUGUCUCGCUCGAUUCAUUUCGGCGGUAGUGCGGCGAGCGAAGGGUCAGAGGAGGUGGCUCAGGAGGUGAGGGGACACUUGGCGGCCGAAUGCGACGAACACGUGGAAGAGAGGCGCAUAGGACACGUGUCUAAAGGCGGACACGUGGCAGGGGAAGGCAAAGGUCACGUGGCAGCAGGUGACUUGAUCACGAAUGACAAGGGCGCGCAGGGCGUGAGCGGGUGGUGCAAGGCGGAGAGGAAGCCUAGAGAGCGGAUGGGGCCGGAGGUGGAGGAGUCGAAGAGACGGAUUCUGGCGGCAUUCCUGCGAGACAUGGACGGCGCCGAGAAACCCGCCGGCCACGCGGCGAGCCCUGUGCAGGUUAACCGGCCGGGAGAGGAGCGGCCGUCGGGAGAAAUGGGGUGGUCGGGGGAGAUGGAGGGUGGUGGUUCUGCAGAAGGGAAGGAGACGGGGGAGGCUGUGGGUGGUGAUGGGAUGAGGCAGGGCGGGAGUGCGGCGAAGGGUGUUGAUGACCGUGACAGGUGUGACAGUGUCGAUGAGCGCUGUAACGGGGACGGGGACAGCGAGCACGAGCGCGACGAGGAGCACGUGCAUGACAACGAAGAGUAUGAUAGCGAGGACGAGGAUCACAGUGAUGCGGAUGAGGUAGCGGAUAAGAGCGACGCGCCGGUGGAUCUCGAGUCGCUCGUGGCCAUGAGCGGUCGGUCGCAGCUCACGGGCAGGGCCGGCGCGCGAGCUGGGAAGACGAAUCGCGAGUACGAACAGGACGAAGCUGCGCUUCAAGCCGAUGCUACUGCCCAUGCUACUGCCGAUGCGGCUGCUGCCCCAGAUUCUGCCGCAGAAGCAGCCUCCGCAACAGCCAUUCGAACCGAGUCCCUCGCCGCGAAAGCGCAGAGCGCCAAGGCGGAAGGGCGCGCGGACGCGACCGCGCGGGGCGGCGCUCCCCUGUCCGUUCCGCCGUCUGGCGUCCCCCCCGCGUCGUCCUCCCCGUCUGGUUCGUCGAGCGACUCGCUCGCGCACUCCACGCCCGCUGAUUCGAUCGCCAUGAUUAACUCCAGCUCGUCCGGCGACGAUUCCGGCGACUCGCCCACCAGCGACACUCGCACGAGCGACAGCCGCGCGAGCAAUUCCCGUUCCAGCGUCGUCCCCGCCGUAGGCAGCCCCCGCCGCCUGGAUCCCGCUGGGCCGGCGGAAAGCGGUUCCGCCGCUGCGGAUGGUAGGGGGAUGGGCGGAGGAAUGGAUUCGGGGGGCGCAGGGGAAGUGGGGGAAGCGGGUGGCGCGGAGAGAGGUUUCGGGGAAGAUGAGCUGGAGUCUGGGAAGCUGGAUGUUGACGUGGCCGGUGCUGACGUGGCGGAUCCUGCCGCGAUCGAGGCGAGUUAUGACGAGGGUGGCAGCGGGAGGAGGAGCAGGAGGCGGUGGGGUGAUAGUGCGCCCGCGGAGAAUGAGGGAGGGGGGCGCGCGCCAUGGGGGGGGAGUGGCGCGGCGGAAGGAAAGGAGAUGGAGGGGAGUGCGGGCGGGGGAAGCUUGCGCUUGAGAUGGCUGGUACUGGAGGAGGAGGAAGAGGAGGAGGGGGAGGAGGAGCAGGAGGAGGGGAAGGGAGAGGAGGAAUGGGGAGGCGAGGGGGAUGGGGGUGGCGAUGCAGAAGGGAUGCAUGGCGAGGAAGCGGAUGAGAGCGCGGAGAGAAGAGAGUCCCUGCCCCAUCCCUACUCGGAAGGGGAGUUUGAACCGCAUGCACCCCUGCUUCAUGAUCCAACCGCCUUGCCUGCUCCCUCCACACCUCCGCUCUCCGUUCUCUCGCCCUCCGUCCCCUCGCCCUCACCGGCCCCCUCACACGAGGCCACGCAAGAAACGCCCCAACCCACUCCGCACCACCACACCCUGCUGGAAACUCCCCAGACUGCCCUUCACAAACAACCGAACGAUGCCGCCCCAUUUAGGCAGCCGGGCGGGCAGCAGCAGCAGGGCGGCAUGGUGGUGGCGGAGUGGGCGCAGCAGCACGAGUAUCACCACCUGCAGCCGCCCAUGCAGCUGCCCGCCGUGCCCUCCCUGCACAGUAACCUCUCCUCCAUCAAGCGACGCCUAUCUCCGCGGAACCGUGACUGUAACGAGAGGUACGGUCCUGGGGAGGCGAACGGAGAGAGCAGGAGUGAGGGUGGGAGCAGUGAAGAGGAGAUGAGCAGUGAAGAGGAGAUGAGCAACGGGUCUGGGAUGACCGGGGAGGAGGGGGAAGAGGGAGCAUUUGACUGGGCUGGAUGGGGGGAAGUGGAAGUGAACGAGAGAGGCUCGUGCAGAAAGGCGGUUACUGAGGCGAAGCAGGAAGAGGUUCCGUGGGAGGCUGGUGACGGCAAAAUCUUGCAGCGACAAGGCGGUGCCUUGACGCCUGGUGGCCAAAGUGGGUGCUCUGAGGGAGAUUUGAUAGCGAGAUGUGCUAUUAGCGGAGGUGCUACUAAUGAGGUUGGUGGGAGAGAGGAUGUUGCAGAUGAGGGUGCACGGUGGGGCGAGGUGAGCAGCGGUGCAGAGGGGUUGAACCUGGGAGCAGGAGCGGAUGAGGAGCGAAGAGGCGAGAUGGAGGAGAGGGGAAGAGCUGAGAAUGCGGAAAGGCAGAGUGGGGAAGAGGAAGGUAAAGGAUCGGAUUGUGAAGCUGAUGCACAGGGCGAGGAUGGAAGCGCAGAUGAGAAGGCGGUGACUGCAUUUGAGGAAGAGGAGGAGGAAGAAGAGGAGGAGGAGGAGGAGGAGGAGGACGAGGAGGAAGAGAAGGAGGAAGAAGAGGAGGAGGACGAAGAGGAGGAAGAGAAGGAGGAGGAAGUGAGAAGCGGAGGUGCAGGCGGGGACGAACCUGCGAGUUCGGACGAGGUGACUGAGGAGAGCGAGGGCAUGCAGUGCGAAGGCAUGCAGGAGGAGUGCGAGAGCGAGGCUGUGCGUGAGGUUGGUGCCAGUGUGGCCCUCGCACUGCACGGCUCACAAGGGACGGGCGAGGGAGGCAAAGAGGCGGCAGCAGCAGCGCUCGCAUGGGAAGCCGCCCUUGGAAUCGACCCCGCAAGUCAGGAGCAGGAGGAGGGGAGAGGAAGGCGACAGGGAGAGGACGUGUUUGAGGACAUCAGCGCCUGGGGUACUGCCUCUGGGGCUGUGGGCUUUGCCUCCCCCUCCUCCUUCCCCGUCCGCCCUCCUUCCCCCAACGACCCAACGCGCCCGUCCGCCCCUGGCCCCUACUCCUCCCAUCCCUCCUCCCCCACUGCUUUCUCUGCGCAUCUCAGCCGCCCCUCUUCCCCCACCUCCGCGCAUCACAGCCGCCCGUCCUCCCCCGCAUCCGCGCAUCACAGCCGCCCCGCGUCCCCCACCAUCCCGCUGCCUGACCGCCCCUGGCUGAAAAGCUCCCUCCGCUGCAGCCUGGAGCGCGCCCAGGCGGCUCAGCUCGCCAACGCAGCGCUAUCAGCGGUGGAGAAGACCGAUGGCGUGGCUGCAUUGGAGAGCCUGGCUUGUGAGGCGACUCAGCAGUCACCUCGCCGCAGCCUAGAGCGCGCCCAGGCCGCCCAGCUCGCAGCCGCCGCGCUGGCGGCUGUGGAGAGGGCGGAUGGCGUGGCUGGGGGGGAAGACACGAGCUCAGACUCUUCAGUACAAGAGGAGUGCGGUGGCACGCCUGCCUCUGGUGGCAUGUUCCACUCCACGCAAGAAGCCAGUCAGAGCACCGGUACUGCCACUCCCAGUGCUGCUACUGCUGGUGCCAGCGGUGGUGCCGGUUCUGCUAUCGCAGCUACUGGUAUUGUAUCGGACACCACGGUUGCUGACCUGGUCCCUGUGGAAGAAGCUGCAGCUGUCAAGGCCGAUGGAAGCACAGCUGCUGCUGUUGACGAUGAUGAUCCAACCGUUGCCAACCACCGCAUGGCUCAUCCCACCGAGGGAAACGCGAUGGGUACCACUGGCGUGGCAGCAGGUGGCAGCGUGGCAGCUGGCGGCAGCAUGGCAUCGUGUAACAGCGUGGCAGGGCAGCACUGGCAAGUGAGCAGUGUGGUGGGGACUGCCAUGGGCAGUAGAGGAGCGCGUAUGGAGGGCAGAAACAGCCGAGGCAACAGCAGCGCCAACCACGUGGAGAGCAAACCCGCCCACGUGGGUGCUCACGCUCGCCCUCACACUGCACUGCACCGCACUCCUCCCUCUCCCGCAGGUGGCCCCUCAGGUGCCCCCUCAGGUGCCCCCUCAGGUGCCCUCUCAGGUGCUCCCACAGGUGGUCAUACAGGAGGCCCCUCAGGCACAUCUCUCAUGCAACCAGUGCAGGCGCAGCCAGGCCUCUCUGCCAACCCUGCUCUCCCGGCUCCCAGGUCCCAACCCACUAGCCCCCGUCUCCCUGCCAUGGGUGCUGCCGCUGCUGGAGCGGCUCUCUCCCCGCCACCCUCCCCUCGCUCCUUCCACGUGCUGCAGUUCGCCAUGGGGGGCUCUCCCAAUGCCAGCCCUAUGCAUCCCCUGGCGACCUCCCUGUCAGGUGCUGCUCGCAGCCCCACUGUGGGGCCCACUCCCUCUGCACCUCGCAGCCCCACUGUGGGGCCCACUCCCUCUGCACCUCGCAGCCCCACUGUGGGGCCCACUCCCUCUGCACCUCGCAGCCCCACUGUGGGGCCCACUCCCUCUGCACCUCGCAGCCCCUCUGUUGGCUCCUCCUCCUCUCUUGCACCGCGCAGCGCUGCUGCCCAUCCAGCUGCAGUGCCCCGCACGCCCCCUGCUCCUGCGCACCCCACUGCACCGUUUCAGACUCCUGACCCAGCCGCAGCCCUGCACGCACCCCUGUCGCCUACCACACUCCACCUAGCAGCAGCAGCAGCAGCAGCAGGGCCACUCAUGGCUUCUCCUGCUGGCUACAUUGGCAGCCCAAACCGCUGCCUCUCCCCCGUGCCCUUCGGCCCUUCGGGCAGCCCAAUGCAUGCUUCUGCUCUGUCCCCCAAUGCUACUGGUUCUGCCAGCCCUGCCGGCACGGGCACCCCUGACAAGGCCACCACGUCGUCGCGCUAUGCGUCCCCGCUGCCUGCCCGGGGCCCGGGGACUGAUGCGGUGGGACAAGGGUCAGGAGCAGGGGUAACAGCAGUGAGGGGUGGAGUGGGAGUGGUGGGUGGAGCAGGGGGCGGAGGACCAGCAGCGAGCGUGGGAGGGAGUGGGGGCGGUGGUAAGGCAGUAGCGGCUCAGGCGGGGCCUGGAGGAGUGCUGACAUCAUCAUCGGCCAUGAAUGCACGACAGGGAUUCCCUGGAGGGGCAACUACCCCAGUGAGUGUGCCUGGUACUGGUGCAGUUCCAUGCGUGGGCCCUUCUCCUGUCGGCAAUGCAGCAAUGAAGGCACUGCAUGCCCCUAAGGUGACACAGCAGCAGCUUCCCAGUCAUGCAGCUCCUCCUCUUAGUAGCUCCACCUCACGCAGGUGGUUUGGUGUGUUGACGGACAUCUGGGCGCUACUGAUUGGCUGUGUAAAUCCGUUACCGCCUGCCCUGGCGAGUAUCGUUCUGCGUGCGCCAAACCGAACCAUUUUCACGUGGAACCAGCACGGAGCAGGUUCGUUCGUGUCCAACAGGCAAACUACCUGCAGUGCCCCCAGGGCGAGGGACACCCAGCCAAUCGGAACCACACCUCCUUCCCAACGAGACGACCACAAGCUCGGUUUCGGUUCGGUGUUCGCCGUCUCUGGUCUGCCCUCGGAUGGAGCCUGGAGGUUCUCCCGUCUUGCUCAAACCAAGGCCAGUGAGUACUCCCACGUGCCGGAAAUUACCGGCAAUAUGGAGCGGAGACCGCCUACGUUAUCGCCCAGUUCGCCGUCCAAGUCGCACGGUCGUCGCAGCAGGCCGUGGUACAUCCAGCUGCUCGGCGAGCAUUUCCAAGGAGCGUACCUCCUCGUGGGCUUUCUCGUAGCAUCAGCCGUCUUCACGAUCAUGCCGGCUGGCUAUCCGCGACCGUCGCCGUUAGAUACCGGGUCGUCGACCGUCGGCGACAGCCAUGCGAUCUUCUCUGGCGUUCAGAGCUCGGCGGUGAGCCUCUACCAUCCGAAGACGCCGGAUCAUCGCUUCAUGGGGAAGAUUCCUCUCGGGGUUCGCCGCACGCCGCUGCGAAUCGUCGUCACUGGCGGGGCCGGGUUCGUAGGCAGUCAUCUGGUGGACAGGCUGAUGGAGCGCGGCGACCACGUGAUCGUGGUGGACAACUUCUUCACGGGGCGCAAGGAGAACGUGCAGCACCACUUCGGCAACCCGCGCUUCGAACUCAUCCGCCACGACGUCGUCGAGGGGCUGCUGCUCGAGGUCGACCAGAUCUACCACCUCGCCUGCCCCGCCUCGCCCGUUCACUAUAAGCAUAAUCCGAUAAAGACGAUCAAGACGAAUGUCGCGGGGACUAUGAAUAUGCUGGGGCUGGCGAAGCGAGUGGGGGCGAGGUUCCUGCUGACGAGCACCAGCGAGGUGUAUGGGGAUCCGUUGGAGCACCCGCAGACGGAGGAGUACUGGGGGAACGUCAACCCCAUCGGGGUGCGCAGCUGCUACGACGAGGGCAAGCGAGUGGCGGAGACGCUGACCAUGGACUACCACCGAGGGGCGGGCGUGGAUGUGCGCAUUGCGCGUAUCUUCAACACGUAUGGCCCGCGCAUGUGCAUCGAUGACGGGCGCGUCGUCAGCAACUUCGUCGCUCAGGCGCUGCGCAAGGAGGCGAUGACGGUGUAUGGCGAUGGAAAGCAGACGCGCUCCUUCCAGUACAUAGACGACCUGGUGGAGGGGCUCAUGAGGCUCAUGGAUGGGGAGCACGUGGGGCCCUUCAACCUCGGGAAUCCUGGAGAAUUCACCAUGCUUGAACUGGCUGAGGUGGUGCGGGAGGUGAUAGACAAGACAGCGAGCAUAACCUUUCAGGAGAACACAGCAGACGACCCGCACAAGCGCAAGCCUGACAUCACGCGCGCCAAGGAGCUGCUGGGCUGGGAGCCCAAGGUCGCUCUGCGCCAGGGCCUGCCCCUCAUGGUCGAGGAUUUCCGACGCCGCCUGUUUGGGGACGUCAAGGAGAGCCGACAGAGCAUUGCUGCGCAGGAGGAGGCGAAAUGA